AUGUCCACUACCCCGCUUACAGACGAAAUCUCAAUCCGCCUAGCCGUUGAAGAAGACAUCCCACAGCUCAACACCAUCGAAACCUCCGCAGCCCAGCUCUUCCGCACCGUCCAUCUCGCCUGGAUCGCUGACUCCCCGCCCCUCGACCCAGCCACCCUGCGCUCCAUGAUCGCGCAGAAGAACGUAUGGGUUGCAGUGACCUCAAACAACACAGCCGUAGGCUUCAUCGCCGUACAAGACCUAGACGGAAUGUUGUACAUCGCCGAGAUGGACGUCCAUGAAGACUGGCAGAGGAGGGGGAUAGCGCGGAUGAUGCUAGAGGAGGUGGAACGGCAGGCGAGAGAGAGGGGGUAUGAGUAUAUUUCUCUCACGACGUAUCGGGAUUUGGGGUUUAAUGGACGGUUCUACUCGAGGAUGGGGUUUGAGGAGGUGGAUGUGGAGAAGGCUGGGGAGGGACACGCACGGGAGUUGGAGGAGCAGGCAAGGGGUGGUCAUGAGAAGGAUAGGAGAUGUGUGAUGCGGAAGAGGGUCGCGGUAUAG